AAGAUAUAUAUAAGGGACACGACAGGACAAAGACGUCUGACUGCUACGCCAUCUUGGAAAUAGAAAAUAAAAAUUGUAAUAAUAUGUAGUCAGAGAAGAGGGCCAACUCUUAGAAGGCUAGUAAUAAGAAAUAGUUAUAGUAGGGCCAACUCUUAGAAGGCGAGUAAUAAUAUGUAGUUAGAGAAGAGGGCCAACUCGUUGAAGGCUAGUAAUAAUAUAUAGUUAUAGUAGGGCCAACUCUUAGAAGCCUAGAAAUAAUAUAUAGUUAUAGUAGGGCCAACUCUCAGAAGGCUAGUAAUAAUAUAUUGUUAUAGUAGGGCCAACUCUUAGAAGGCUAGUAAUAAUAUGUUGUUAUAGUAGGGCCAACUCUCAGAAGGCUAGUAAUAAUAUAUUGUUAUAGUAGGGCCAACUCUUAGAAGGCCAGUAAUAAUAUAUAGUUAGAGAAGGGGGCCAACUUUUUGAAGGCUAGUUGUUGAGCUGAAUAUCAGGAGUGAGUCAAUGAACUACACUUCCCAGAGUGCACCAGCAGCAGCAAACCGGCUGCUUGUCACCUGAUCAAUCAUUUUCACUUAUUUGGAGCACCUGUGAAGGCAUGGAGGGCGUCAGUCAUUCAGAAGAACAAACUUCAGAGGGAAAACUCCAAGUUCACUCACAGGUUCAGUCCAAAGACGCCAAUGGGUCCUGAAAAUCGGAACGGUGGGAUGGUACCAUGACAACGUGCGCACCCGUUUCAAGCGUUUCGGCAGUGCCAAGGUGAUGAAGUCUCUUUACAAGCGACUCAACGGAGAGGGCACCCGUCGUGACAGUGACACACAAAGCAUGCCCGAUUUCCGCAAUGAUAGGUACAAUGGUCAUGAUGAGGACUAUGCAGAAGCAGAAGCUCAGCGAUACAAAAUGAUGCGAAAGAACAAGCGUCUGCUCUCUGUUCAUCCCAUGGACUUGGAUGUGGAUAUAGAAGAGUAUUUUCCACCCCACUCUCGCACUCACUCUCGUCGACAAUCCUACCAGCAGAUCCAGGAGGAGCGAGGCGGUGGUCACCGUGGUGACAUGGAGUACAUGGAUUCCAUGCAGCAACAACAACACCACCGCAUGAACCGUAGGAAGAGCCUGGAUAGGUACAACAUGCGCCCCGACGAUGGGCAGUAUGGGAUGGUGCGUGCCCGCUCCCUGUCCAAGAUCAGCUCCUCUAUGAACCGCCAGCACUAUGUGGACACGUCAGAGGAGGAGGAAGGAGGGCGCAACACCAUGUACCAGACCCCCUAUCGCCGACGCCCUUCCUACAGCCGAGUUGGCUCUCACGAGAACAUGCAGCUCCCAACACAGCCACCGGUCAAUGCGCUAAACAAGCGCAUGUCUGCCAUAGAGAGUCUCCUGAACCGGCUGGAGUCCAAGAUGACUCUACCCCCCGACGAUGAGGCGACGUCCCCGACCGCUACACAGAUAGAGGAGGAGAAGCUGAGGAGGAAGCUGAGCGAGCUGGCGGGGAACAUCAGUGUUCCCUCCUCCGACGAGGAAGCAGGAGGGGGGAAGAAGACCCCUUUAUUAAAGAGGGCCGCUGUGAAGAGUAACCUCCCUGUCCUCCCCCUGGAGCCCCUCAGCUCCUCCAGCGAUGAGGGGCCCACUGAGGCUCAGCAGAGAUCCACUGCGGCGGCCCUCUGUGACAUCACCAAAGAGUUUCUAAGAACCAUUAAUGCCGCUGAAAGCGCAAUGAACGAGUACUUCCCCUCAAUAACGUCUAAUGACAGCCCCAUGAUAAUUGACGUGGCUGACGUAAGGAAAGCAGCUGAGUCUUACAGAGAACUUGAGGAAAAUGUGUACAUGACCUCAGGGAAGUCUUUUGACCUGGAGAAGAAGCUGAGGCAUCUGGAGCAGAGUGCCAAGAACCGCUUCGGAGGGGCCACAGACUCGGAGCUCUCUGACCUGGAGGACGUGGUGGCCCUGACUGCACAUCGGGUCCAGAGCACUGAAAGUGAGGUGUCUGAUUUGGAGAACAAGCUUGCUGCUCUAAGUGCCUCAGGGAAGAAAAAGAUAUCAGGCUCGCAGAACAGGAAAAGGUUUAACCAAGACUUCCCCACAAAACCCAGCAACGGCUCAGGAUCCCUACGGAAAUCCAGUCACAUGUAAAGGACUGUAUGACGAAUAAGCCCAAUGAUACUGUAUGUAUUAUCUUAGUUACUGAAAUAUACCUUAAACCUUAUCUGUCACUGAUCCACUGUAUAUCUGAUGUCACUCUCAUAUCCAGAUUGUUACAGUAUGUUAAUGAUAUAUCCACACCCACAAUGCACAGCAGUUAUGUGCUGUAAAAGCAGGCUACACCAUAGCUAUGUUCAAUGCAAAAAUAACCCUGGUUUACUGCCUGAAAAUCAUACGCAUUCUAAAGUAUCCUCUCAGUGUCAAUGUAUCUGAUGUCUAAACUCAUGAAAUGAUCUGAUGUGAUUGGUCAAAAAGGGCAAUUUGUGGAAAAAAUAUCAGAAUUGGGCUUCCUGCUGGAA